CAAGCCUCGAGCCUUACCUCACUCCUCUCACUUAACCACCCACCACCCGCUUGACGAUGCCUGAGCCAACUAUUGCUAUUCCGGUGACUUCUGAGGACCCGAAGAAGAAGAAAGAGGAGGAGGAAGCGGAAAAGGCCGAUGGUAAGCUGAAGGAGGACGAGAAGGCGGGAGAGGACCUGUCAGAGGAGGACCUCCAGCUUAAGAAUGAGCUAGAAAUGUUGGUAGAGCGGCUCAAGGAAUCUAACACGGACUUGUACCGACCUGCCCUUGAGACGCUUCGGACACUUAUUCGAACCUCUACGUCCUCCAUGACAUCCGUUCCGAAACCUCUGAAGUUCCUGCAUCCACACUACCCCGAAUUGCAAUCAUUGUACGAGACAUGGCCACCCUCGGAGAACAAGAGCCUCUUCGCAGACAUCCUGUCUGUUCUCGCUAUGACGUACUCGGAUACCGAGCCUAGAGGCACCCUCCGCUACCGCCUGCUCUCCGCGUCCCUCGCGCCCGCAGGGUCCCAAAUAUCAGAGCCGGGCUCAUGGGGCCACGAAUACGUCCGCCACCUGGCUGCAGAGCUAGGAGAGGAGUACAGCGCACGCGUGCUCGGUGAAUCGGACACCACUGCUGCUCUAGAGAAGGACACGGAGGCGGCACAGGAAGCCAUGAAGCCCCCACAGGUCAUCGGAACCAUUGACGACCUCCAGGAUUUGGCGAUGGUGUGCGCGACGUUCCUGCUGCGCCACAACGCAGAACCAGACGCUGUCGACCUGCUGGAGGAGCUGGAGAUUGUUGACCGGAUAUCAGAGCUUGUGGAUGAGAAUACCUAUGAGCGAGUGUGCCAGUACAUGAUUCGUUGUGUCAAUCUACUCCCCACGCCAGACGACCGAGCCUUCCUCCGGACAGCACACAUGAUAUUCGGCCAGCAACACAAGUUCCCACAAGCACUCGCUCUCUCAAUACGUCUCGGCAACCCUGAGCUGAUUCGCAAGGACUUCAACGCUCCGGCGAAUCCGCUCAUGAAGCGCCAACUCGCAUUCAUGCUUGCGCGCGCGCAGAUCCCGCGAGAAUGGAUCGACCCGCAAAUGUCGGAGGACGGUGCCGACGAGGGCGAGUCAGAAUUACCGGAGGAUAUUGUAGAGUGCCUGAGCAACACGCACCUGAGCGAGCACCUCCGGGACUUCGGCAAAGAGCUAGGCGUUUCAGAGCCGAAGAGUUUGGAGGACGUGUACAAGUCGCAUCUUGAGAACACAAGAACGUCUGCGGCCGCGAACGUCGAUUCGGCACGGGGCAAUUUGGCGGGCACCUUCGUGAACGCCUUCGUGAACGCAGGCUUCGGCAACGAUAAGCUCAUGGUGGAGGCUGAGGAGGGUAACAGUUGGAUCUACAAGAACAAGGAGCACGGCAUGAUGAGUGCCGCGGCGAGUCUUGGUCUGAGUCUGCUGUGGGACACGGAUGUCGGUCUCAGCCAUGUCGAUAAGUAUACCUACGUCCCGGAGGAGUACAUCAAGGCCGGUGCGCUCCUCGCGACAGGUAUCCUGAACUGCGGUGUACGGACAGAAGCCGAUGCGGCCCUUGCACUGCUUGGCGACUAUGUCGAGAACAAGGCGGCUUCGCUGAAGACCAGCGCCAUCGUUGGCCUCGGCCUUGCCUACGUCGGCUCACACCGGGAAGACUUGCUGCAGAUGCUCGUCCCGACCGUCAGCGACGACGGCGUGUCGAUGGAGAUCGCGUCCUUGACGGCUUUGUCGCUCGGGUUCAUUUUCGUGGGCAGCGGAAAUGGCGAGAUCGCGAGUACGAUCUUGCAGACGUUGAUGGAGCGCGAUGACAAGCAGCUCGAGGAGAAGUGGACGAGAUUCAUGUUGCUCGGUCUCGCGCUGCUCUACCUAGGCUUGCAGGACGGAUCAGAUGCGACCAUCGAGACGCUCAAAGCGAUUGAGCACCCCAUCUCGAAGCAGGCUGUGGUCCUCGUGCAGACGUGCUCGUACGCGGGUACGGGUGACGUUCUUAAGGUCCAGGAGAUGCUCCACCACUGCGACGAGCACAUUGUGAAGCCGUCAAAGGAUGAGAAGAAGGAGGGCGAGAAGAAGGACGAGAAGGACGCCGCACCAGAGGAGCCUCCGAAGGACGACACCUUCCAGUCGUUCGCCGUUCUUGGUAUUGCGUUGGUCGCAAUGGGCGAGGAGGUCGGUUCGGAGAUGGCCAUGCGGACACUGAACCACCUAAUGCACUAUGGCGAACCCGUCAUCCGGAAAACCGUUCCUCUCGCUCUCGGCCUCCUCAGCGCAUCAAAUCCGCAACUCCCCAUCCUCGACACCCUCUCCAAGUACAGCCACGACAACGACCUCGCCGUCGCGCUCAAUGCCAUCUUCGCGAUGGGUUUGGUCGGCGCGGGUACCAACAACGCCCGGCUUGCGCAGAUGCUCCGGCAACUGGCGGGCUACUACUACAAGGAGCCGGAUUGUUUGUUCAUGGUCCGCAUCGCGCAGGGUCUUGUGCACAUGGGCAAAGGCACGCUCACUAUCAACCCGUUCUUCUCGGAUCGCAACAUCAUGAGCAGACCGGCUGUGGCGGGUCUGCUUGCGACGCUGCUCGCGUUCACGGACGCGAAGGGCUUCGUGCUCGACAAGUACCAUUGGAUGCUGUACUUCCUCGUGACCGCGAUGUACCCGAGGUUCCUCAUCACCCUCAACGAGGAGCUCAAGAGCUUCCCGGUCACUGUCCGUGUCGGUCAGGCCGUCGACGUCGUCGGACAAGCCGGCAAGCCAAGAACGAUCUCCGGUUUCCAGACACACUCAACACCGGUACGGCUGGGCACGAGCGAGCGCGCGGAGCUCGCGACGGAGGAAUUCAUCCCCUUCGCGCCCGUACUGGAGGGCUUCGUCAUUUUGCAGAAAAACCCCGGGUACGAGAAGGAGGACCAGAUGAAGCUGUAGUCGCUAUCAUUGACAGAAUUAGUGUAAUUUUGUCGCAUGAACCUGAGCUUUCUUUCGCGCUUUC